AUGAUUCGUUCGAUCCUUGUGCUCGCCGCACUUUUGGCGUUCGUCGACGCGAUGAUGGUACCGAUUUCAAACGAGUGCGGACCCGAACUCAAGUGUCCGAGCGGAUACAAACUGUUUAAGCGAAAGAGCGGCGGAUGGUGCAUCAAGGUAUUCAAGCACAAACUGCUGACAUGUACUCUACUUUUUUCCAGUUUUUCCUCGGAAACAUGACCUGGUGGGAGGCGGAGCGUGAAUGCCGGUGCACGACCAACGGAGCGCACCUCUCCGGAAUCGAGUCUUUGGAGGAAAAGAGAUGGGUUGAAGGUAAGCGCCACCAAACCAAUGAGCGUUAACUCAUUCGUCUUACAGAAGUCGCUCAAGAAGCGCAAGACGCGGCUAAAAUCAAUAACGGAGCCGUUUGGAUCGGAGCCUACCGCCGUAAAGAUUGUCCGUCGGGACAAGAGUCGACGUGGUCGAAGAACGAGUUGUGCUCCGACGAGAAGCUCUUCCAGUUCACCGACCACCACACGUGCGGCACCACCAUCUUCCAGUCCUGGUCCGACGGACAACCGACGAACGCCGUCGGAGACGAUUGCGCCGUCAUUCUCUCGUCCAUCGAUGCAUCGGGAGCCAGCUCGGAAGCGUCCGGAAAGACGGCCAACAAGAACUGUCUCUCUGUGAAUGGCACGGUUUCGAUUCUCAACUCGAUCGCCUACAUUUGUGGAGUCCCUCCUGUUCAAUCCGGAGGUUACGGCGGUGGAAAUCCGUACGGCGGCGACGAGAUCAUUGUCGUCGGCGCUGGGAAGCCGCAGAAGAAGAAGAAUAAUUAA